GCAGCACCACUUCAGUCUCUUCAGAGCUACUGCUGAGAACACACCACUGUCUUUAAACACCCAAGUAAGUUUGACCAAACCCUUUUUGUCACUCAAAUUAUGAACAGAAGAAACGUGUCGUGGUACGAGUCACGUCUACACCCAGAAGAAAUGGAUUAUGAGUCAGACAUGGAAAAUGAUAUGUUUGAUGAAACAGAACAUACAUCCGCCUUUGAUGCUGAGAUAGAGUCUCUUCACUAUGAGACAAAAUUACCUGCUGAACUGGAGUUCCCUGGAUCUGAGACGGUCGACUCUGAUUCUGAGACGAUGCUCCCUAGAUCUCAGACGGUUCAGCGGGAAUUAGCUGGUUUUAAACGACCAAGAAAGCCACAACAACCCCUUACUUUCGCUGAACUAAUCGACUUUAGUUGUUAUGGUGAGUACGAAAAGUCAGAUCUACUGUCUACAACUAAAGAGAUGGAGUCUGAGAUGCCAGAACAAACAUCUGUCUUUGAUGCUGAGAAAGAGUCUCUUCACUAUGAGACUAAAUUACCUGCUGAACUGGAGAUCCCUGGAUCUGAGACGGUCGACUCUGAUUCUGAGACGAUGGUCCCUAGAUCUCAGAUGGUUCAGCGGGAAUUAGCUGGUUUUAAAUGCCCAAGAAAGCCACAACAACCCCUUACUUUAGCUGAAAUGACGAACAGCACAAACAUGUCCUGGUACGACUUAUGGGUCAACAACGUAGAAGUGGAUUAUGAUUUAGUCAUCGACUUUAGUUCUGAUGGUGAGGACGAAAAGUCAGAUCUACUGUCUACAACUAAAGAGAUGGAGUCUGAGAUGCCAGAACAUACAUUCGUCUUUGAUGCUGAGAAAGAGUCUCUUCCUAAUGAGACUCAUUUAUCUGCUGAACUGGAAAUCUCUGGAUCUGAGACGGUUGUCCCUAGACCUCAGACGGUUCAGCAGGAAUUAGUUGAUUUUAAAAGCAGGCAAAUUGAUGACCUUUUGAAACAAGUGGAUCAUUUGAAAGAAAAACUGCAGAAUACAAAUACUUGUUUCAAUCAGGAGAAGGAGAAGAGGCUUGCUGCAGAGAACCAGUGUGAAAAACUGGAGCAACGACAUUUGGACUUAGAAGCGAUGUUUAGCAGAGAAAAAGAUGAGAAAGUCAACGCAGAAAAGAAGUUUCUUGACAAGCUGGAGAAUUUAAAGGAGCAGCUUUCAGAAAAGGACAUUUUCAUCAAAGAUCUGACUCAGAGCAACUCAGGACUCAGAGUGGUCAUGGAAAACCUGACCGCUGAGAACGCUGCUUCUCACAAGGAGUUGGCUGAGCAGCAGGAGAGCUUCAAACACCAACUCCAGGAUAAAUCCUGUGACCUUUUGAAACAAGUGGAUCAUUUGAAAGAAAAACUGCAGAAUACAAAUACUUGUUUCAAUCAGGAGAAGGAGAAGAGGCUUGCUGCAGAGAACCAGUGUGCGCUUUACAAGGAGCAAACUAAAGAGAUGGAGAACGGUUUGGUUCAGCAGCAACAAAAGCUGGUGGCUUUAGAAAAGCAGUUACAGGAGCAGAAAAACGUGAAUGAAGAUUUACAAAAAAUCUGCUCAGAUCUAAGAGGUGAGACAGACGAGUCUCAUUUUUCUGGAGUCUCGAGAGACGUUCUGAUCGAGAACUUUGAAAAACUGGUGGAACGAUAUUUGGACUUAGAAGUGAUGUUAAGCAGAGAAAAAGAUGAGAAAAUCAGCGUAGAACAGAAGUUGACUGACAAGCUGGAGAAUUUAAAGGAGCAGCUUUCAGAAAAGAACGUUUUCAUCGAAAGUCUGCAAACAGAUUUAGAUCAAGAACGUCAGUUCAGACUCGUUAGUGUCCAGGAGCAGAAGAACGCCCAGCAUAAAGUCACUGUUAACGAGAACUAUAAGAAGGAAAUGAAAGAUCUUAAGAAAAGGAACGGUGACCUCUCUGAGUUGCUGAACAACAUUAAAACGGAUCUGAAGAACAGAGACAUGAAACUUCUGGAAGAGCGAAAUAAUUUUAAACAUCAGCUCAAACAGAAGAAGCUAAUCUGCGAAGAUUUAGAGAAACGUUUGAACAAAGAAAACGAGCUCCGCCUGACGUGUGAGGAAGAACUGAAAAAAGCUAAAGAUCAAAUGAGUUCAAUGAACGGAAAUCUCAAGAAGGAGAUCAACGAUCUGAAACAGAAGAACUUGGAGCUCAGUCAGACGCUGAGAAGUGGUCAGGCUGUAGAAACUAAAUCAGAACAGAUGUGUGAGGAUCUGCAGAAGUUUAAGCAGCUGCUCCAUGAAAAAAUGUCAGUCUGUGAAGAACUUAGCAGCAGUCUGGACAUGGAGAAGCAGCUCAGAGUUAGCUACGAGGCUCAGCUGGACUCUAACAGGACGAUAGUCUGUGAGAACUCAGAUCUUAAAGAGCAGAUCAAAGAUCUGACUCGGAGCAACUCUGAACUCAGAGUGGUCGUGGAAAACCUGACCGCUGAGAACGCUGCUUCUCACAAGGAGUUGGCUGAGCAGCAGGAGAGCUUCAAACAUCAACUCCAGGAUAAAUCCUGUGACCUUUUGAAACAAGUGGAUCAUUUGAAAGAAAAACUGCAGAAUACAAAUACUUGUUUCAAUCAGGAGAAGGAGAAGAGGCUUGCUGCAGAGAACCAGUGUGCGCUUUACAAGGAGCAAACUAAAGAGAUGGAGAACGGUUUGGUUCAGCAGCAACAAAAGCUGGUGGCUUUAGAAAAGCAGUUACAGGAGCAGAAAAACGUGAAUGAAGAUUUACAAAAAAUCUGCUCGGAUCUAAAAGGUGAGACAGACGAGUCCCGUUUUUCUGGAGUCUCGAGAGAUGUUCUGAUCGAGAACUUUGAAAAACUGGAGGAACGACAUUUGGACUUAGAAGCGAUGUUUAGCAGAGAAAAAGAUGAGAAAAUCAGCGUAGAACAGAAGUUGACUGACAAGCUGGAGAAUUUAAAGGAGCAGCUUUCAGAAAAGGACAUUUUCAUCAAAGAUCUGACUCAGAGCAACUCAGAACUCAGAGUGGUCGUGGAAAACCUGACCGCUGAGAACGCUGCUUCUCACAAGGAGUUGGUUGAGCAGCUGGAGAGCUUCAAACAUCAACUCCAGGAUAAAUCUGUCGUCUGUGAAAACCUGGAAACAGGUUUCACCAACGAACAGAAGCUCAGACUCCAGCUUUCCCAGCAACUCCAGGAAACAUCUGGCCUGUGUGAGAGCCUGGAAAACCAGCUUAGAGACGAGCAGAAGAUCAGACUUGGUUUGGAGACUGAGCUCGCCCAAAACAGAGACGUGGUCAGUGCAGGUCAUGAUGAUUUGAUGGCCAAACUAGAACAGAUGGAGGAAAAAGAAACAAAACUGUCUCAAAUCAUCGUUAACCUCCAGUUACGUCUGUUUAGAAGAAAAACGCAGCACGAGGAAGAGUUGGGAAUCCUGAAGAAACAAGUCUCUAAACUCGUGUCACGGACUACAAAUCUGGAAAGUCAAAAUCUGAUCUUGAGACUAAAGACUGAACGUUUUAACCCAGAUCAGCAAACAGAAGCGAUCAGUGAGCAGAUCGUACUUUUAGCAGAAAGCCUCAUGUCCCAGAGAGACGCUCCACACUCUGGCACAAAAAAACUGGAUAAAGUUUCUGUGUGGAGGCGUUUCAAGAAAUCUGUAACACCGGGAUGUCUCCGUCAGCACAAAAACAGACAACCUAGCAACUAACCUCCCUCCUAACUAACCAGAAAAGGCUAAUUAGAAGACAUCCCAUCGGGCAGCACUGUCCAGGAUGAAUCUGAGAAGUUAAACCAGCCACUGCCUCCCCAAAGACCCUGUUUAGAUAAAAAAAAAAAAA